UUGGCAUAAGCUGUCGAUGAUUCUUGAAUUCCGAUGUUGCCACUGUGAUUUGUGGGGCAAUCUCGGGCCUCGGCAUCGAGGGCGAUGAGGCAAAUGGCACUGUCGAACCUGCGUUGGAGGCAGCCGCUAACCUCUUUUUCUCUGACUCAGUUCUUCCCUUCGUUCCAACUGCAGAGGCUCAUCCUGAACCCGAUUCCUUGCCCUCAAUCCCCUGUCCGCUUCCCCACCAUUAAACACUUCCUUCGACACUGUUCUGCGCUUGCCCAAGUCCCAGCUUCUUCGGCAACCUUUAAUGCUGAGGUGCAGCCCUACCUGCGCUGUUCCAUGCCGCACAAGCGUCUCAGAGUUGCCGUUCUUCUCAGCGGCGGCGUUGAUAGCAGUGUUGCUCUCCGCCUACUCCACUCUGCUGGCCAUUCUUGCACUGCUUUCUACCUCAAGAUAUGGUUCCAAGAAGACUUUGAAAACUUUUGGUCAGAAUGCCCAUGGGAAGAGGAUUUAAAGUAUGCCAGAGCUGUUUGCAAUCAGGUUGAUGUACCAUUAGAAGUUGUGCAUUUGACAGAUGAAUACUGGAAAAAUGUGGUUUCUUACAUGAUUGAAGAGUAUCGUUGUGGCCGCACACCUAAUCCAGAUGUUCUGUGCAAUACCAGAAUAAAGUUUGGUGCAUUCAUGGAUGCAAUCAGCAAUAUGGGGUUUGACUAUGUUUCCUCUGGACAUUAUGCAAAUGUUGUCCAUCCACAUGCAGAUCAAAUAGAUGAGCCUUCUGUUCUGGAACUAUCUCAGGACAUGAUCAAGGAUCAAACGUACUUCCUUUCACACCUCUCCCAAUCCCAGCUGAAGCGACUUAUUUUUCCACUUGGUUGUAUUUCCAAGGAUGAAGUCCGAAGACUUGCUGCAAAAUUUGAUCUGCCAAAUAAGGAUAGAAGGGAUUCACAAGGAAUAUGCUUUCUAGGCAAGAUAAAGUUCAGUGAAUUUGUUGCAAGACACAUUGGAGAGAGAGAAGGCAUCAUACUGGAAGCCGAGACUGGAGAUUUCCUUGGCAAACAUCGGGGCUUCUGGUUUCAUACGAUUGGUCAACGCCAGGGUCUACGGUUACCUGGAGGCCCUUGGUACGUUGUUGAGAAGGAUGUAAAAAACAACGUCAUUUUUGUGUCAAGAAAUUACUUCUCCUUGGACAAGAGAAGGCGCCUAUUUCGUGUGGGUUCUUUAAAAUGGCUUAAUGGACUACCUCCGAGCCAGACGAGCCAGCUUCAGUGCAAGGUAAGACAUGGUCAGGUUUUCUAUAUUUGCAGUUUACAAUGGGAAGGAGAUGGAGAUGGGGGAAAGGACAGUGCAGUAGUCCACUUGAGUGAAGAUGAUCAAGGCCUGGCAGCCGGGCAGUUUGCAGCAUUCUAUGAGGGAAGAACUUGCAUAGGCUCUGGCGUGAUAUUGGAGUCAUGGGAUGGCCGUGGUUUUCCUGUCUGUUCAAAAGCUUUAGAGAUUGCAAGGAUGGAAGAUAUAUCAAAGCUAGGGAAUCCAGUCAAGAUCAAAGUUAAAUCAGAUAGCCCACAAGAAGAGGCGCGUGAUUCCGCAAACAGUACUCAGCAUCAUGAAAGGGGAGGACAUUCCGAAGUUGCUGCCACUAGGCAAACAAGUCAGAAUUGAAAAGAAUGGCCACCAUAGAUGUAGAUAUUCUGAUCUUAAAAGUUCAGAAGAAUUUACAUCUACAUGUUCUGGCAAAUUUUGCUUGCGAGGGUGCAUGCCGGUGCAUAAUGAUCUUGUAUUGGGAGAAGCAUAUAUUUCAUGUAGAGUCUGUAUGUAUUCUGUAUAGUUGGUCGCAGAUGAUGUGUUAAUGACAAUGUAAUUCCAUUUAACUGGGAGCAACUAUUGGAAAAAAAAAAGUAGUCAA